GGAUCUUCUCUCGCUGGUUUAAUUAGUUUCCUUUUAUUGCUGAUCGGAGGGGGUUAAAGUCGCCUCGGCCAGGCCACGGGCUAUCAGUCUCUCUAUUGAGAGCCCCCCCCCCGCCGCCCUUAAAUACAAGUGAGUUUAGAGAAAAAGAAAGGGGGGGGAGAGGAGGCAGAGCCACUUUUUUUUUCAGCACAGGAAAGGUUCUUAGGGCAUUGAGACCCGCCACCUCGCAGCGCCCGGCUGCUCCCUGCCCGGGAGACCAGCGCGUAGCCCCUACUACACUCGACGGUUUCGAGGGGGAACGCGAAUAAGUUUUUCCCCCUCCUGGGCAUACUGCGGAUUCUUCCCCUUCCCCUUAAUUUUUUUUUCCUCCUCAGCCCGCCUUGUAUUGCAGGAAGAACCGAGGUUGGGAUCCACUCCUCUGGCCAUGCUCGCUGCUACCUGUAAUAAGAUCGGCAGCCCCAGCCCGUCUCCCUCCUCCCUGUCGGACAGCUCUUCUUCCUUCGGCAAAGGCUUCCACCCCUGGAAACGCUCUUCAUCCUCCUCCUCCAGCAGCUGCAACGUAGUGGGUUCCAGUCUCUCCAGCUUCGGUGUGUCCGGGGCUUCCCGGAACGGCGGCUCGUCCUCGGCCGCAGCGGCGGCGGCGGCGGCAGCAGCGGCGGCCGCGGCCCUGGUGUCCGACUCGUUCAGCUGCGGCGGCUCGCCGGGCUCCAGCGCCUUCUCCCUCACCUCCAGCAGCGCCGCCGCCGCGGCCGCAGCAGCGGCAGCCGCCGCCUCCAGCUCGCCCUUCGCCAACGAUUACUCUGUGUUCCAGGCCCCGGGCGUCUCCGGGGGCAGCGGCGGCGGCGGCGGGGGAGGCGGCGGCGGCUCCGGGGCGCACUCGCAGGACGGUUCCCACCAGCCGGUGUUCAUCUCCAAGGUGCACACGUCGGUGGACGGGCUGCAGGGCAUCUACCCGCGCGUGGGCAUGGCGCACCCGUACGAAUCGUGGUUCAAGCCCUCGCACCCGGGCCUGGGGGCCGCGGGCGACGUGGGCUCCGCGGGCGCCUCCAGCUGGUGGGACGUGGGCGCUGGCUGGAUCGACGUGCAGAACCCCAACGGGGCGGCCGCGCUGCCUGGCUCGCUGCACCCAGCCGCCGGGGGUCUUCAGACGUCGCUGCACUCGCCACUCGGAGGCUACAACUCGGAUUAUUCGGGCCUGAGCCACUCGGCUUUCAGCAGUGGCGCCUCAUCUCACCUGCUCAGCCCGGCGGGCCAGCACCUCAUGGACGGCUUCAAGCCGGUACUGCCCGGCUCCUACCCGGAUUCGGCCCCGUCGCCGCUGGCCGGCGCGGGCAGCUCCAUGCUGAGCGCUGGGCCCGCGGCGCCCCUGGGGGGGUCCCCACGCUCGUCCGCCCGACGCUACUCGGGCCGAGCCACCUGCGACUGCCCCAACUGCCAGGAGGCUGAGCGGCUGGGUCCGGCGGGGGCGAGCCUGCGGCGCAAGGGGCUGCACAGCUGCCACAUCCCCGGCUGCGGCAAGGUGUACGGCAAGACGUCGCACCUGAAGGCGCACCUGCGCUGGCACACGGGCGAGCGGCCGUUCGUGUGCAACUGGCUGUUCUGCGGCAAGCGCUUCACGCGCUCCGACGAGCUGCAGCGGCACCUGCGGACCCACACGGGCGAGAAGCGCUUCGCCUGCCCGGUGUGCAACAAACGCUUCAUGCGCAGUGACCACCUGAGCAAGCACGUGAAGACGCACAGCGGCGGCGGCGGCUCGGCGGGCUCCAGCGGCGGCAAGAAGGGCAGCGACACCGACAGCGAGCACAGCGCGGCGGGCAGCCCGCCUUGCCACUCCCCCGAGCUGCUGCAGACCCCGGAACCGGGCCACCGCAACGGCCUGGAGUGACUGUGGCGCAGCCUCCCACCUGGGUCCCGUCGGGCUUGUGUGCCUGGCCCAGGGUCGGCUCGCCCGCUGUCUCGCGCUCUCUUCCCCACUCCCCUGUUUCCCCUCUCUCCGGCUCCCCUCUCCUAACUUUAUGAAAGGGAUGCGGACCGUAAGUAAGCACGCCUCGGUGGCUGGAGUCCCAGCUCCCUUCUGCGCGGUGACAGCCAGGCCGUGCUUAGUAGGAACCUGCUCCUCCAACUCCGCGUUCUCGGAACUUUAAGAGGGCAGCAGCCUCUGCAGUUAGGACAGGGUUAAUGGGGUGUCUAAUGGACCCCCGGCCUCUGCGGCGGCGGCGGAGCGCGCAGUGCUCAACGGGCUUGAGCAGGAGCUGUGGGGAGGGAGAAGCGGGGGGUCAGGCAAGGCACCCCCGCCUGGACUCCCGAGCGCGCCGCCUGGGCGGGCGGCUGUUCCACUUGGAGCACUACCCUGCUCGCAGGCCUGCUGCACCCUGGCCGGGUGAGCAGAAUUUAGCUCUCCCCACUCACCUCUGCCUAGCUCUUUGUGCCCUGCGGGUGAACCGAUGUGAGGUCUGCGAAGGGGAGUCAGUGCCGCUACCCUCUUUCAUCUUUGUGACUUUUUUUUUUUUAACUGAAAAACUGAGAGGAAAAAAAUAAACAAGCAACCUUCCUCUUAGCUUCCCGUUUAGGUAAUUUUCCUCUGCCUGUGAGCACGUCUUUCUUCCCAAACUGCUAAUAUUAAUCCCAAAGUUAUUUUGAUCGCAGUAACUUAUGGGGUGGGGGUGGGAAUGAGGGUAGGUGUCUUUUUCUUAUGCAAAAAUACCCCCCUUUCCGGUGAGACCAGAUCAACCCUCUUCGUGUUUGUCCUUUUCUACCUCGUUUUUCACCAUUCCCGAGCAUAGUCUCCCAAUCUUUUUUUUCUCUCCCCCUUUAGGUUAGUCCAACAGUCAACUUAUCUACUCAUUUCUGUAAAUUAUUGCAAGUCAUUGAAUAUUUUAGGAUUAAACUCUUUUUCUUUGUGAUUUUUAACUCAAGUGAAGAAGCUUAUCGUUUAUUUCAAAUGAGGCUGUGGCUUAAAUGCCAAAAGAGGGAAAUAGGAAAUAAAAUUAAACUUUGUAAAAUAUAUCUGAACCUAAUGGUUUGUACAACUGGAAAAUCGUUCUAGAUUAGUUUUCCUUUAAACAUGACUCCGCCGGUGUGAGGUGUGAGGUGUGAGGUACAUUGUCCAGGAGACGAUUUUGUAUAGUAUUUUUCUUGUACAUUACUUCCGGUAAAUAUUUGAAAAUAUAUUGAAGUAAACUUGAUUUUUUUUCUUUUUGUCAGAAGAAAAUAUUAAGAGUUAUUGCUGAGGUUCUGAUGAGCUGCAGGUUUUUUUGAACUCGAUUCUGGAGGUGCAGAGCCACACACGCACUUUCCGGGCCUAGUUUUGCUCGAAUAUGAAUUUAGAUAGGUAUCAAGCUGUAACUAAGACACUAUUUGAUAAAUGUUGGAUGACAUUUAAUUUAAUGGCGCAUGUACUUAUUUGCAUUUGCUGGCAGUUCAGGCGUAGUUAAAGUGAGAGUUCUUCUAUACUUCAUAAUAACGGGGUCUGCCAAACCCAUGUAUUAAAUAAAUUGUCCAAGUGAUACUCGACUAACUUUGGCCUUUGUGUAUUUCCUGAAGGUGAUAUUGUUAACUGUUGACAAACACUCCUGACACUACAUUUAAGUGUUGUUUGCAGAGUCUGCAAACUAACUAUUCAUUGUAAUGUUGAAAUAAUUUGGAUAUUUCACAUUGAAAUGAAAAGCCUUUCUCUGGAACAUUUUAGACUUGCAUUUUAAAUGCAUGAAAUGUAAUUGAUUUAUUUGUAAUAUUUUAAAUGGUAUUAAUAAACUCAGAUAAAAGACUAGGUCAGUUAAUUUGUAUUUUUUCCCCUUUUAAAACUAUGGGCAUUUGCAUUUUAUCUUCAGUUUUAAUGUCUAAUUUAAACAAAAUAUGACCCUGUUUUGUGGUAAUAUUUAAAUAUUUGCCUUUAAGAUAUUAUGUAGAUGGAAGGUCUAUUUGGCAAAGCUGUGUUUUCUUUAUUUACCAAGAUAAAGAUUAUAGUGUCUAAGAUGUAAUUAAUUAUUUACCAUUAGAUUUAGCUCAUAGCAUCAGGAUUUAUUGACCUCUUAGAGCAUGCAGUAAUUCACCAAACAAUUCAAAGUAAUUUCAUGUUGCUGCUUCCUUCUCAGUCUUGCUGGCCUUUGAUUGCAUUUAGUAUUUAAAAGGCCAAGACUUAACAUGAAAGAUCAAUACAUCUGAAAUAAAAGCAUCGUUUGGGGAUAACUUCUGUUGUUUGGAGGCAGAGGAGGUCAACCUAACAAAAGCUUGUUUUUUUUUUUCUUUUUUCUUUUCCUUUUUUUUGGUCAUUCUGUGUCUUAGCUAAAGAUUCUGCAGAGGUAAAUAUCAGUAGAUUCCUGUUGAAAUGAGUUAUCUGUUCUUUAAAAGUCUCUAAACAGCCACCAAAGAAAAGGAAGGUUAAACCUUAAUCUAUCUACGAGGCUAUUGUUCAAAGGUGUCAAUGAUGCCAAUAAAAAAACAUUGUCUUGUUAUGUUUAAGUGCAUUUAAGCAAUGGGUGUUCCUUGAGCCAUACUUUGAAACAUAAUAUACUUUAAAUGUUGAUUGAUGUUAUAUCAAACUAUUUCACUAUUAGAUUAAUAUUAUUUUGAAUCAAACUGAAUAAAAAGUUAGUGUGUUCAGAUUCUAA